AUGUCCACUCCCACCAUCGAAGAGCUAUCGGCCAACGAGGAAACUUCUCCAUUAACGUCGUUGCCAGAUCCAUUGACUUUGAGUUGCCUCGCUCGAGUUUCAAGAUUGGACCACUUAGCCUUAUCUCUAGUUUCCAAGAGAUACCGCUCUCUCGUGAUUUCCCCUGAGCUCUACAAGACGCGAUCUCUAUUGGGUCGUACCGAAGAGUGUCUCUACGUAUGCUUAAGCUCCAAGACCUAUCCAACGUCUCGUUGGUUCAUCAUCCGCCGUAAAGAUACCAAAACCAUCCUAGGAUAUGCUGCGACAGAGGACUUGGUCCCUAUCCUUUCUUUCCCCACUGUCCCUGAGCUGUCUUCUUUCGUGGCCAUGGAUUGGGGAAUCUACGUUAUCGGUGGGUUUAUAAACGACAAUAGAACGUCAGAUGUCUUGCUCCUGGAUUGUCGGACAAACACGUGGUGCCGCACCCCUUCUAUGGGAGUGGCUCGAGCUUCCGCAGCAGCUGGCGUCGUAGGUGGGAAGAUAUAUGUGUUUGGAGGAUGCGAGGACGUUGAUUGUUCGAACUGGGCAGAGGUAUUUGAUCCAAAGACUCAAACUUGGGAAACUUUGGUGCCAAUGCCUGAUCGGAAUGAAGGUGAUAAUCUGAUCCGUGAGACCCUAGUGAUGGAGGAGAAGGUUUGUGCAGUGAGCCUGUGGGACGGAAGCUUGUACUACUCGCCGCGUGAAGGUAAAUGGGGAAGAAAGAAGAAGCCAGAAACCCAAAGUUUUUAUUGUGUGGUUGACAAAGUGUUGUACAGUUGUGAUAAGUUCGGGAACUUAGUUUGGCGUGAGUCUGAGGAAUUGGAGUGGAAGGAAGUGAAAGGCUUGACGGCUCUACGGUUGAACUUCCCUAGCUCGGCCUCCUUCAGAUCCUCUGCAAAUGAAAAGUGUGUCAGUAAGCUGAGCAAUUUUGGUGUGAACAUUGUGGUCUCCUCGGUUAGGGCUACGUUUGAUGUUUGGUGGGAUGUUUGGUGUACCGAGAUUUCGUUGGAAAGACGUGAGGAGGAAGGCGAGAUUUGGGGCACUAUCGUGUCAGGAGCUGUGACCGUAGUUGAUCAUGUUCCCUCUGGUCAUGUUCCGGUUGAGGUAUUGUGUUCUGCUACUGUCUAUGUCUAA